UGAGAUCUUGUCUCAAAAAAAAAAGAGAAGGAAAAAAAAGCUUUCUAAGACCAUACCUGUCAUGUAAUGUGCACUAUAUCCUUACACCUGAAAGCAUUCUUCUGCCCAGAGAAACUCAGCUGUACAACACAACUCUGUGACUGGACUAAGCAGCUGGAAGAAAUUCUUGGCUUACUCGUUUGCAAGUCCCGAGGUGGGACUCCAGUGAGAGGUUGUUACAGUGGGGGAUGGGUUCCCAGAUGGGCUUCCGGCUCUUGUGCACGAGGGAACAACGGUACGGAAAAGCAGCUGUGUGUAAUACGCUUCAAAGGGCGAAGCUGUGCUCCCAGCAAGCAGCCUCGUGCUGGCAGAAAGGAGAGUGGGACAAACAGGAAGACGGCACUGGCUGGGCUCCAGGAUUUGAAAUGUGCGCCAGGCCUCGGGCGCCUCCUGCUGGGUUUUCAGAGCGCGACUGACAGGGCAGGCAGGUUGCACUGUCUGAUGCCGCGGAUGUGUCCAGCAGAUUCCAGACUCUUGUGUAUGAUGAGCCAAGAAUUACAAAGCGUUCAUCCAACAGUAAAUGAAAAGUGGCUGCAUUUAUUGAAGAUCUCGCGAAGGUUUAACUUCUUUAUUCAGCAAAAAUGUGGAUUCAGAAAAGCACCCAGGAAGAUUGAACCUCGAAGAUCAGACACAGGGCCGAGUGGUGGAGCGUACAAGAGAAGUGCUUUGAUUCCUCCCGUGGAAGAAACGGUCUUUGAUCCUUCUCCCUAUCCUAUAAGGACUCUGAUAAAGCCUUUCUUUUUUACUGUUGGGUUUACAGGCUGUGCAUUUGGAUCAGCUGCUAUCUGGCAGUAUGAAUCACUGAAAUCCAGGGUCCAGAGUUAUUUUGAUGGUGUAAAAGCUGAUUGGCUGGAUAGCAUAAGCCCACAGAAAAAAGGAGACCUCAGAAAGGAGAUUAACAAGUGGUGGAAUAACCUAAGUGAUGGCCAGCGGACUGUGACAGGUAUCAUAACUGCAAAUGUUCUUGUAUUCUGUUUAUGGAGAGUACCUGCUCUGCAGCGGACAAUGAUCAGAUAUUUUACAUCUAAUCCAGCCUCAAAGGUGCUCUGCUCGCCGAUGCUGCUGUCAUCGUUCAGCCACUUCUCCUUGUUCCACAUGGCGGCGAACAUGUACGUUCUGUGGAGCUUCUCCUCCAGCGUCGUCAGCAUCCUGGGCCAGGAGCAGUUCUUGGCAGUGUACCUGUCUGCGGGUGUCAUUUCCAAUUUUGUCAGUUACGUGUGUAAAGUUGCCACAGGAAGAUACGGACCAUCACUUGGUGCAUCGGGCGCCAUCAUGACCGUGCUGGCCGCCGUGUGCACAAAGAAAAAACUAUUUGAAGUGCUGCUGACUUGCCCAGUAGGCGGUGCAAUUAAAUGCCAUUUACAAAGUGGCGAUGGAAGAGCAGCACGUGUGUCCCCGUGGGAACAGCAGCGUGGUAUAAAUAGUGCACACCACCCUGCUGUGCCAGGAUGGUACGUCAUCUACGGCCACGAGCUCAUCUGGAAGAACAGGGAGCCGCUGGUGAAGAUGUGGCACGAGCUGAGGACCCGUGGCCCCAGGAAAGGAGGUGGCUCUGAGUGAAGCCGGCCCUGCCGCAGAGCCGCGAGAGCGCCCAGGUCCCGCUCCUGCCUGAAGGUGCCGCCGCGAGGGCCUCUCCCCAGCCCGAGCACAUGAUUGUGGAAUAAAGGUUUCUGGUCUAGUUUGUAAACGCCGCGCCUCCCUCCAGC